UGAGUGUGUGUGUGCCUGUGCGCUCCGCCCGGCCCCGGCAGGCUGCCGAGCCGCAGCGGCGGAGGCGGCGGCAGCCUGCCGCGGAGGUACCGCCGGCUCUGGCGGGGGAGCCCCCGCAGGUGGCGGCGAAACGGAUGCCUUUGGCGGGCAGAAGAUGUGUCAUGGGAAGCAGGCGAGCGGCGGCGGUGCCCUCCCGGCGGCGCGACGGGUACUGGCCGCGGCGCUGUGGUUGCAGCUGGCGCUGAGCCUCGGCCCGAGGCUGGCGGCGGGCGGAUUUGAUGACCUGCAAGCGUGUGCUGAUCCUGGGGCUCCUGAACAUGGCUACAAGACACCCAGCGCGGGUGUUUUCUUUGAAAGCGUGGUGGUCCGCUUCCAUUGCCAAGAAGGAUACAGGCUCAAUGGUUCUUCCAAAAAAAUUUGUGUGAGACACUUCAAUGGCUCCCUGAGCUGGAAACCCAGUGAUAAACCUGUGUGCCUACAAGAAGUCACAGAUUGCCUUGUUCCACAUGUUGAAGAUGCAGAGGUUCAUAACAAGACAUACAGGACUGGCAAUAAGUUAAUAAUCAGCUGUCAUGAAGGAUUCCAGAUCCGUUACCCUGACUUAGACAACAUGGUUUCCAUAUGCCAAGACGAUGGAACAUGGGAUAAUCUACCCAUAUGUCAAGGUUGCCUUAGGCCAUUGGUUCUUCCUCAUAGUUACAUUAACAUUUCUGAGUUCGGGGCCUCCUUCCCGGUAGGAACAGUGGUGUAUUAUCAGUGUUUUCCUGGAUAUAAACUAGAAGGGGCAGAGAUCCUUGAGUGCAUGUAUAACCUUAUCUGGUCAGAUAGCCCACCUAGGUGCCUUGAUGUGGAAGUUUGUCCACUACCUCCAAUGGUGAGUCACGGAGACUACAUCUGCCACCCGCGGCCUUGUGAGCGCUACAACCAUGGGACGGUGGUGGAGUUCUACUGUGACCCGGGUUACACCCUCACCAAUGACUACAAGUACAUCACCUGCCAGUAUGGAGAGUGGUUCCCCUCCUACCAAGUGUACUGUGUCAAAACAGAACAAACCUGGCCAAAUACAAAGGAGACCCUCCUGACUACAUGGAAAAUAGUGGCAUUUACUGCUACCAGUGUUUUACUAGUACUGCUACUGGUUAUAUUAGCCAGGAUGUUCCAGACCAAAUUUAAGACACAUUUCCUUCCACGAGGCAACCAGGAGGGCUCCAUGGGUGACCCUGACUUUGUGGUGGUGGAUGGUGUUCCUGUCAUGCUGCCUUCCUACGAUGAAGCUGUCAGCAGCGGCUUGAAUGUCCUGGCACCUGGAUACUCAGCUGCCACAGACCAGGGGCAUAUUUUGCAGACAGAAGAUCAGAAUCCGCCCGCUUACCCUGGUCCCAGGAUUCCAGGCACGCAGCCCAGCGAAUUUGAGACCUGUGACAGUAGGUUGGGUUCCUCUGAACUGUUCCAAAGUUUGUACCCAUCCCUGACAUGCCAAGUGGCAGCACUUCCUGGCUCAGAUCGAACUGACAUAUCCCACAGCACUGACGGGGAUGCUGCAUCCACAAGUCCCCGAAUCAAUAUCACAGAUGAGAUUCCUUUGAUGGAAGAAGACCCUUAGCCUGCACUGAGUUGUGUCCUCAUCACAUUGCACUGUUGGGUGAUAUGAAUCAUGAGGAUUCGGAGACAGAGGAGACUCUGUGGAUUUGGGGAGGGUGUUUUCCUACUUAUCAAUCUUCCAGACGAUGAUGUCACCAGGUUGGGUGUAUGUCUUAAUCCACAGCGGGGACAACAGCAUCAGCAUUUGGAACAGCAGCAGUUUUAUGAAUGAAUCCUGGGGAUUUGAUGAGAGCCGAUGUAGAAAAAGAACUGUGGCUUUUUAGAAGUGAAAUGUUUGUCUGCAUUGCAGAAAGUCAUAUGGCUCUGUAAGAAAUGCUAUUGGAUUUUGAUACUAACUGCCUCACAAAAGCAUGUAAAAAUAUGUAAAUUUGCUUAUAAAGACUGCUUUAAAUGAUCUAUGGACCUCUAGUUUAUGAAGAAUCCUUUCAUGUUUAAAAAAAUCAGUACUGAAACACACACAAAAAAAGAGGAAAGAUCCUCUUUGUCUUUCCUAUGAUAACCAGGAAGUUUUUGAUUUAAUUGUUGGUGUUUUGCUUCAGACCAUGUCUGUGGAAAAUAUAACAGAAAUUAUGGGAUUCAUAUAUACUUUGAUGUACAAUAGCAAAUAUAUAUAAAUAUAUAUAUAUUUAAAAACUCUUAAAGAGAAAGAAAAGGAAAGACUCCCAGGUCACGUAACGAUCUGGAGAUUUUUUUUUAAAGGUAAGGCAGAAUUUAUAUCAUAGACAAUAUUCAAAGUAAAGUAUCAAUAUUUGUAUUUAUGCAAGACUUCUGUGACUACAUUGCAUUUGAUAAAUCAUGCU